GAAACUGCCUUGAGCCAAUCGAUAGACGGGAGUGCCAUGACGCUGGACUAUGCGCGCCUUCUGAUUGGUUCCCUGAUUUUUCGCGGAAUUUCUCUGAACUAAAUGAAACCUGACUGAGGGGUCUCGCUGUGAGGAUCCCGGGCGCCAGGAAUGGAUUCGGAGGAAGCGGCGGCCCUAGUGGACGAGCUGGAGAGUGUCUCUAGUGAGCUGCAGGCAGUGGAGAUCCAACUCCAGGAGCUUCUGGAGAGACAGCAGGAACUGAUCCAGAGGAAGAGACUCCUCAACAAAAAGAUCCAGCGCCUUUCGGAGGAUUCUGGGCCGGGAACCAGCGCAGGGGGCGGGGAUUCAGCCGAGAACUGGCAGAAGGAAGAUUUCUUGUGGUCCCAGAAGAUCCGCGAUGCUCUGUGCAACUCCUUCCAGCUCCGCAGCUUCCGCUCCCUGCAGCUCGAAACCAUUAAUGCCACCAUGGCGGGGCGGGAUGUCUUCCUCAUCAUGCCCACGGGCGGGGGCAAGAGCCUGUGUUACCAGCUACCCGCUGUGUGCUCCGACGGAUUCACGCUGGUUAUCUGCCCCCUCGUGUCCCUUAUGGAGGAUCAGCUGAUGGUUUUGGACCGCUUGGGCGUCUCGGCCACUUCCUUAAAUGCCUCCAGCAGUAAGGAGCACGUAAAGUGGGUGCACGGGGAAAUGACCAAUAAGAAUUCUCGGCUGAAGCUGCUGUACGUGACGCCGGAGAAGAUCGCCAAGAGCAAGCUGUUCAUGUCGCGGCUGGAGAAGGCCUACCAGGCCGGCCUAUUGGCUCGCGUGGCCGUGGACGAGGUGCACUGCUGCAGCCAAUGGGGGCACGACUUCCGGCCAGACUACAAGACCCUGGGAAUCCUGAAGCGCCAGUUCCCCAACUCCCCGCUCAUCGGGCUGACGGCCACGGCGACCACUCACGUUCUGAAGGACGCGCAGAAGAUCCUGUGUGUCCCCAAGCCCCUCACCUUCACCGCUUCCUUCAACCGGCCCAACCUCUUCUACGAGGUCCGGCUGAAACCUUCCAGCUCUCAGGACUUCAUCGCCGACAUAGUGAAACUAAUCAACAGCCGAUACAGAGGGCAGUCGGGGAUCAUUUACUGCUUCUCUCAGAAGGAUUCGGAGCACGUGACCAUGAGUCUGCAGAAGUUGGGCAUUCGGGCGGGCACGUACCACGCCAACAUGGAGCCCAGGGAUAAAACCAAGGUGCACACCAAGUGGACAGCCAAUGAAAUCCAGAUCGUAGUGGCCACCGUGGCGUUCGGAAUGGGAAUCGACAAACCCGACGUGAGAUUUGUGAUCCAUCACUCGAUGAGUAAAUCCAUGGAGAAUUAUUACCAGGAGAGCGGCCGGGCAGGCCGAGAUGACGCCAGGGCCGACUGCAUUCUGUACUACGGGUUUGGGGACAUAUUUCGGAUCAGCUCCAUGGUUGUGAUGGAGAACGUGGGGCAGAAGAAGCUCUACGAGAUGGUCGGAUACUGUCAGAGUCCUGAUCGGUGCCGGCGAGUGCUCAUCGCGCAGCAUUUCGACGAAGUGUGGGACUCGGCCAAGUGCAACAAGAUGUGCGAUAACUGCAACAGCGAGGGGGGCUGGGAAAAAGCCGACAUCACCCCCUACUGUCGGGAUAUAGUGAAGAUACUGGAACAAGCCAAUCAGAUGGACGAGAAGCUGACGCCUCUGAAACUGAUGGACGCGUGGGUGGGGAAAGGCGUGGCCAAACUGCGCGUCCCGGGAGUCCGGCCCCCCCAGCUGCCCCGCCCGGAAAUAGAGCGAAUUAUUGCCCACCUUCUGCUGCAGCAGUUCCUCAGGGAAGACUUCAGCUUCACAGCCUACGCCACUAUCUCCUACAUAAAGAGGGGGCCCAAAGUGGAUCUGCUGCGCAGCGACAAGUACGCCAUCUGCCUGCCAAUGAGGAGCGGGGGGGCCGGCGCCGGCGCCGACAAGGUAAAAUCUCCACAGCAGUCCACAAGCCAAUCAUUGGCCCCCAAGGUUUCCGUGACAACAAGCAAAAACAGCGGCCGCAAAAGGCCGAAGGCCGAAAAGGUUUCAGUGGCCAAAAAGAGCAAAGUGACCAACGACGACUCCAUUGUGAUCGACUGAGCGGAUUGGGCUCUGAGGAAGAGGAAGGGGCGGAAUCCCCACAGGAAGGGGCGGUUGGCUGCGCCGCGGGACUGCCGGGGGUUAAUGUCAGGCCCUAGGCCGGUCUAAUGGAGGUUGGGGCAGGGGCCGGAGGCAACAGAGACAUAUUCGGCUGGGAGUGGGGGGCAGUGAAACCUCAGGAGUCUGGGGCCCCCCAGGUAACUGAAAAUGAGGGGGUUCACCUGGAAUUUAAUAUACGAUGUAGGCAACGAUA